AAAUCUGCAUCAUUAAAUUGAUCUAAACACCCAACUGAGUUCAUAAAACCCCCUGUAAACCUUUUAGAAACUUUUGAGGGUCGCCGGAACGGUGACAGUCAUCGACUCCCAACAGCUAUAGGCGAUUAGCCAUCGCAAAGAAUGAAGACCAAAACGUAAAUAAAAUAGCGAUUCGCCGUUUAUUCCUUUAAUUUACGCGUUAAUUUGUUUAUUUCCAUUGAAAACUAGUGCCUAAAUAUAUGCCAGUGCCUUAAUAGUAACGAUAAAUGUCCCAAAAUGUCUAGGAACAAAAUCGCAGCCAGGAACUUUAUGGACAAUAAAAUUGAGGUGAAAAGCAAGUUUGAAGCAGAUAUCAGAAGGUUUAGCAUCGAAAGAAAUGUGCAAGCGAAAUUUGAGGAUUUUAAGUCGGUGAUCGAGAAGCUGCACCACCUUAAUAAUAUCGCUUAUUUAAUCUCUUAUAUUGACCCGAGCGAUCAGGACUUGCUGCCGAUUAACAAUGACGACAAUUUAAAAAGGGCCCUGGUCAAUGCCAAACCCCUUUUGAGGGUCCUCAUACAGAGAAAACGGGACAGCCUGGAGGACAUCAACGGUUACGGGACGAUAAAACCGCGGAACCUGAUCUCGUCGAUCCUGGGCGGAACGCCGGGUCGCGCCAAAACGCUGCCGAUCUCGAACCCGCACGAUUUCCGGCAGGUUUCCGCCAUCAUCGACGUGGACAUCGUGCCGGAAACGUGUCGGCGGGUGCGUCUGCUCAAACACGGUUCCGACAAACCGUUGGGGUUUUACAUAAGGGAUGGGACCAGUGUAAAAGUUACUCAAAAUGGGUUAGAGAAAAUACCCGGAGUUUUUAUAUCAAGACUGGUGCCAGGGGGUCUGGCGGAGUCCACCGGUCUGCUAGCUGUAAACGAUGAGGUGCUGGAGGUGAACGGGAUCGAGGUGGCGGGGAAAACGCUCGAUCAGGUGACCGACAUGAUGAUUGCGAACAGCUCGAACCUGAUCAUCACGGUGAAACCGGCGAACCAACGGACGGUCGGCCCGGUGCGUCGCGGCAGUUUCGGCCGUAACUCGCACAUGAGCAGCGGCAGUCACCAGUCGUCGCACACGACCGGCGGCUCCGACCCUGAAGAUAAAUUCGAUCAGGACGAAAUCGUCGAUCUGACGGCGAACAUCCAACUACCGGACGAGACGAAAACGACCGGCAAGGAUCCAGCGUCCGACGGCGCCAUUUUGCAUUUGUAGAGUGAGUAGGAGGAAUUCCAGUUUUACACCGUGUAAAAAACAAAUCAUAUUGUUUUCUCACUCCCUCCCGUUUUUGUUUCGGUGUAAAACGGCUCUUAGGUGACGCAUUAUUAUUGUUGACUGAAGCGGUAAGUAACUGGUUUUAGAAAGAGUGAGAGAGAGAUAGGAAAAAUGGCCAAAAUUAUAGUCUAAGGGCGUGUGGUGUUGUUAAAGUCAAAUGGUCGAUUUUUAUGAGGAAAACUGAUUUAAAUUUAAAGUGCUGAGUGCCUACAGUUUUUUUAAUUUUCGAUGAGAGCAUGUUUCAUGUCUUCAUACAAUUUUAUAUGAAUCUAGUGUAUUUUUGAGGCUUAUUGUUCCUAGUUUUGGUACCAUAUAACCUAGUACCAGAUUUUUGCUUGGAAUUUUUAGGCAUUGGAUUUGUUUAUAAUCUAAGCAACAAAAAACAUUUUUUACCAGCUAAAACAGAAUAAAAAAGACACUCCGGUUCAUUUUAAGCAGAACCAAGGUUACCCCAAAAUAGCAAAGUUUAUUAAGGUUCAGCUCUAGUAUUUCUACAUUUACUCUUAAUUGUUUAGAUUGCUUACCAGUUUUAGAACUACAUUACCUAAUAAAAUAAUAUUGUAAAUACCGUUAAAAUUUAACAGUUUUUAAGGCACUAACUACUUUUUACAGAACGAAUUUAAGACGCAUUAAAAGUGACGGUUAGAAAUGAAACGUCAAAAAGGGCGAACAACUGAUACGCAUAAAAUGUUGGUAAGGUAGGAAUCUAGGUGUAUUAAAAAAAUACUUCAUACUAAUUGUUAAAAUUGAAUGUCAAAAUCAAUGAAAAUGUUAUGGAUGACACAAAGUUAGCGCCGCUGGUUCAAGGUGACCCCAAAAUGACUGUGCUUGAACUACAGGAAUUCUUCAUAUAUGAAAUUAUUCUUUGGGAAAUGCUGCAACUUUUAGUGAAAACCUCAUAGAAAUCCCUACAGGAGUUUUUGAGUUAUCGUCGAUUUAAGUUUAAUCUUUAGGAGAAAAAAUUGUAGCUAACCAAAAGUACCCUGGAUUGUUCAAUUAUGCACCUAAAAUCAUGUUUUAUGCACCAAAAUUAUCCUGAAGGAUCUCCCUUUGCUUCCCUGAAAAAAAUAUCUCUCAAAAAGUUUUUGAGUGACUCUCAAAAGUGUACCUAUAUGAAAGUAACUAUUUCCAAAUUUAUGGUCAUACAGGUUCAUGUCUGGUAAAUCUGAGGGUAAUUCAGGCAGCAGUUGAGCUAAAAAAAAUUUUCAUAUAUCAAAUUACUCCUUAAGAAACGUUGCACUUUUAGUGGAAACCUCAUUAAAAUCUCUCAUAUAUUUUUUGAGUUAUCGUGGAUAGAAGUUGAAUUUUUAUGACAAAAAAUGGGAUGAAAAAAAAAUCCCUGAAAGUGCCUUGUUCAAUAAAUUUUGCACCUAAAAUUAUGUUUUAUGGACCAAAAUGAUCCUUGGGGAUUCCCUUUUACUUCUCUGAAAAAAUAAUCAGAAUCCCUCAAAAAGUUUUUAAGUGAUACUCAAAAAUGUCUUCAUAUGAAAGUUAGUAUUUUCAAAUUUAUUGUCACAUAGGUCCAUGUCCGGUAAAUCUGAACAUAACUAAGAAAGUACUUGAGCUACAGAAUAUCUUCAUAUAUCAAAUUAUUUUCUAAAAAAUGAUGCCACUUUUAGUAAAAACCUCAUAAAAAUUCCCCCGAAUACUAUUUGAGUUAUUGUAGAUAAAAGUUAAUUUUUUAGGAGAAAAAAUGGUAUAAAAAAGGCUUAACCAAAACUAACCUAGUUCGUUUAAUUUUGCACCCAAAUUCAUGUUUUAUGCACCAAAAUAAUCCUUGGAGGGAGGCCCAACUCCUUACGUCCCUAAAAAAAUAUCAAAACCCCUCAAAAAUUUUUUGAGUAACAUUCAAAAAUGUCCAUAUAGAUUUUUGGGCUUAAAAAAAAUCCCUUAACCAAAAAUUCGAUAUUUCGCUGAAUCUUUUACCAAACACAACGUUUCGUAUAUCAAAUUAAUCCUCAGGGAUUAUCUUUAUUUGAAGGAAUCGCAGUGAAGCCUUAAGUAGUUCCUGAGUUAUAGGCAAAAAUAGUCAAGUACAAAAAAGCCCAAUUUAAGGCCAUUUUCUUUCAAUUUGAUCGAUCAUCAUAAAGUAAAAAUUAGAGGGUAGUAUUAAAGAAAUAUAUAUAUAUAUAUAUAUAUAUUCCUAUCUCUGUCUUAUAGAUUAUUUUCGACAUAUGUUUAUCUUUUUCUUACUGUAUCUUGUCUUUCUCUAAUGGUAUCAGAAACACCGGUAAGAAAAUUGAAUUAAUUUUAACGACGAAUGUCUUUGACAAGGAUAAACUUAUGGAAAAAAUAGGGUGACAGAUGGAGGUAGAUUUUUAUUAUUUUUUUUGUUUUGUUUUCGUAAUUCCGACAUUUCCGCCGUAAUUUAAGAGACUGAAAACUUCAGUUUUUGGGUAAACUGGGUCAUAACUUUGCUUCUACUGAUCGGAUUUCUUUGGUGUUUAUUUCAAAAGUUACUGUCAUCUCUUUUUAACAUUUUAUUGAAAGAAACAAAUAAAUUCGUGCACUAGAAGGAUUUUUAUGGCCUUUUUUGAAACCCUUGUCUAGUUGCACCAGGAUCUUUAGUUCUGGUGUAAACUGUGUCAUAACUUUGCUUCUACUAAAUGGAUUUAUUUGGUUUUUAUCUCAAAAGUUUCUGUCAUCUCUUUUUAACGUUUUAAUAAAAGAAACAAACAAAUUCGUGCACUAGAAGGAUUUUUAUGGCCUUUUUUGAAAUCCUUGUCUAGUUGCACCAGGAUCUUUAGUUCUGGGGUAAACUAAGUCAUAACUUUGCUUCUACUGGUUGGAUUUCUUUGUUUUUUAUCUUAAAAGUUGCUGUCAUCUCUUUUUAACGUUUUAAUAAAAGACACAAACCAAUCCCUGCACUAAAAGGUUUUUUAUGGAUAAUUUUGAAACCCUUGUCUAGUUGCCACCUGGAUCUUUAGUUCUGGGGUAAACUAAAUCAUAACUUUGCUUCUACUGAUCGGAUUUCUUUGGUUUUUGUCUCAAAAGUUUCUGUCAUCUCUUUUUAACUUUUUAUUGAAAGAAACAAAUAAACCCGUGCACUUGAAGGAUUUUUAUGAACAUUUUUGGCACCCUUGUCUAGUGACCACCUGAAUCAUUGGUUCUGGGGUAAACUAAGUCAUAACUUUGCUUCUACUGAUCGGAUUUCUUUGGUUUUUGUCUCAAAAGUUGCUGGCAUCUCUUUUUAACGUUUUAUUGAAAGAAACAAAAAAAAUCGUGCACUACAAGCAUUUUUAUGGCAUUUUUUGAAACCCUUGUCUAGUUGCACCAGGAUCUCUAGUUCUGGGGUUAACUAAGUCAAAACUUUGCUUCUACUGAUCGGAUUUACUUGGGUUUUGUCUCAAAAGUUGCUGUCAUCUCUUUUUAACGUUCUAAUAAAAAAAACAAGCAAAUCUAUGCACUAGAAGGAUUAUUAUGGACAUUUUUGAAACCCUUGUUUAGUUACCACCUGGAUCUCUAGUUCUGGGGUAAACUAAGUCAUAACUUUGCUUCUACUAAUCGGAUUUCUUUAGUUUUUAUCUCUAAAGUUGUUGUCGUCCCUUUUUAACGUGGUAAUAAAAGAAACAAACAAAUCCAUGCACUAAAAGGAUUUUUAUAGACUUUUUUGAAACCCUUGUCUAGUUGCACCAGGAUCUUAAGUUCUGGUGUAAACUGUGUCAUAACUUUGCUUUUGCUGAUCAGAUGUCAUUGGGUUUUGUCUCAAAAGUUGCUGUCAUCUCUUUUUAACGUUUUAUUCAAAGAAAGAAACAAAUCCGUGCACUAAAAGGAUUUUUAUGGACUUUUUUGAAACCCUUGUCUAGUUGCACCUGGAUCUUUAGUUCUGGGGUAAACUAAGUCAUAACUUUGCUUCUACUGAUUGUAUUUCUUUGGUUUGUAUUUUUAAAGUUGUUGUCAUCUCUUUUUAACGUUUUAAUAAAAGAAACAAACAAAUCCGUGCACUAGAAGGAUUUUCAUGGCCUUUUUUGAAACCCUUGUCUAGUUGCACCAGGAUCUUUAGUUCUGGGGUAAACUAAGUCAUAACUUUGCUUCUACUGAUCGGAUUUCUUUAGUUUUUGUCUCAAAAGUUGCUGUCAUCUCUUUUUAACUUUUUAAUAAAAGAAACAAACAAAUCUGUGUACUAGAAGGAUUUUUAUAGACUUUUUUGAAACCCUUGUCUAGUUGCACCAGGAUCUGUAGUUCUGGGGUAAACUAAGUCAUAACUUUGCUUGUACUGAUCAGAUUUUCUUGGUUUUAGUCUCAAAAGUUUCUGUCAUCUCUUUUUAACGUUCUAAUAAAAGAAACAAGCAAAUCCAUGCACUAGAAAGAUUUUUAUGGACAUUUUUCAAACCCUUGUCUAGUUGGCACCUGGAUCUUUAGUUCUGGUGUAAACUAAGUCAUAACUUUACUUCUACUGAUCGGAUUUCUUUGGUUUUAGUCUCAAAAGUUUCUGUCAUCUCUUCUAAACGUUUUAAUAAAAGAAACAAACAAAUCCGUGCACUAAAAGGAUUUUUAUAGACUUUUUUGAAACCCUUGUCUAGUUGCACCAGGAUCUUUAGUUCUGGCGUAAACUGUGUCAUAACUUUACUUCUGCUGAUCAGAUUUCCUUGGGUUUUGUCUUAAAAGAUGCUGUCAUCUCUUUUUAACGUUUUAUUGAAAGAAACAAACAAAUUCAUGCACUAGAAGGAUUUUUAUGGCCUUUUUUGAAAUCCUUGUCUAGUUGCACCAGGAUCUUUAGUUCUGCGGUAAACUAAGUCAUAACUUUGCCUCUACUGAAUGGUUUUUUUUGUUUUUUAUCUCAAAAGUUGCUGGCAUCUCUUUUUAACGUUCUAAUCAAAGAAACAAGCAAAUCUGUGCACUAGAACGAUUUUUAUGGACAAUUUUGAAACCCUUGUCUAGUUGGCACCUGGAUCUUUAGUUCUGGUGUAAACUAAGUCAUAACUUUGCUUCUACUGAUCGGAUUUCUUUGGUUUUCAUCUCUAAAGUUGUUGUCAUCUCUUUUUAACCUUUUUAUUGAAAGAAACAAACAAACCCGUGCACUAGAAGCAUUUUUAUGGAGAUUUUUGAAACCCUUGUCUAGUGGCCAUCUGAAUCUUUGGUUCUGGUGUAAACUAAGUCAUAACUUUGCUUCUACUGGUCGAAUUUCUUUGUUUUUUAUUUUAAAAGUUGCUGCUAUCUCUUUUUAACCUUUUAUUGAAAGAAACAAACAAAACCGUGCACCAGAAGGAUUUUUAUGGACAUUUUUGAAACCAGUAUCUAAUUACCUCCUGGAUCUUUAGUUCUGGUGUAAACUAAGUCAUAAAUUUACUUCUACUGGUUGGAUUUCUUUGGUUUUUGUCUCAGAAGUUGCUGGCAUCCCUUUUUAACGUUUUAAUAAAAGAAACAAACAAAUCCGUGCACUAAAAGGCUUUUUAUGGACUUUUUUGAAACCCUUGUCUAGUUGCACCAGGAUCUUUAGUUCUGGUGUAAACUAAGUCAUAACUUUGCUUGUACUGAUCGGAUUUCUUUGGUUUUUGCCUCAAAAGUUUCUGUCAUCUCUUUUUAACGUUUUAAUAAGAGAAACAGAGAAAUUCGUGCACUAGAAGGAUUUUUAUGGCUUUUUUUGAAACUUGUAUAGUUGCCACCUGGUGCUUUAGGGGUGGUGUAAACUAAGUCAUAACUUUGCUUCUACUCAUUGGAUUUCUUUGGUUUUCAUCUCUAAAGUUGUUGUUAUCUCUUUUUAACCUUUUAUUAAAAGAAAUAAACAAAUCCAUGCACUAAAAGGAUUUUUAUGGCCUUUUUUGAAACCCUUGUCUAGUUGCACCAGGAUAUUUAGUUCAGGUGUAAACAGUGUCAUAACUUUGCUUCUUCUCAUCAGAUUUCUUUGUUUUUUAUCUCAAAAGUUGCCGCCAUCUCUUUCUAACCUUUUAAUAGAAGAAACAAACAAAUCCGUGCACUAGAAACUUUUUUAUGAUCAUUUGACUUUACCACAUGCCCGGCCCUCAAAAAAAAAAAAAAAAAAUUGCGGUCAGUUUUUUUUUGUGAUGAUAGCUUUAAUAACGCGAUUGGAAUUUUCUGGUUUGUACUUAAAAAAACGUGAACUGAAAGACUACAUUUUACAUUCCCAGGAUGUCCCUUCAGAGACAUCUCUAGUACCUUAAAUGAUCUUGUUUUAAAACGUUAGUUCUUAGUGUCCAUUUUACAUUGAUUCCGUUGUUUUGUUAAGAUUUAAACCAAAAACGAAAUUAACUAAAAUGGUUGAUUUUUCGGCGGCUCUUUUAUCCUGCACUUAAUUUUACCCUGUAUAUAUUUAUUUUAGUAUUAUCCCCUUUUAUUAUUAUUAUUAUUAUUUAAGUACCAUUAUUUGCAUGAUUCUUUUUUAUAAUAUUUUAUUGUUUAAGUGAAAAAAACAGCCGUCCCGGUUAAGUAGUAAGGGCCUUUGGAGUUAUAUUAUAUAUAUAUAUCGAUGAUAAUAAUAACAAUAGAUUUUUUACAUAAAAACAAAUAAAUUAUUGUUAAAGGUACAUUUUUAAUGCAAUUGUUCCGUAUAAGGUUGCAUCACGCAUGUACUCUUUUUUAAAGUUAGAAAUAUAUAUUUCAAGUUAA